GUCUACUCGAACAGGUCGCACUACAUAACUUCUCGAGGAGAUUUGGUUGUCGUAGACGCGACUCGGUCGUCAUUUGGAGAUUACAAGGUUGUGGCCUCCGUCGAUGGACUCGGCGAAGCGGUUUCGAGCAUAAUAACGGUGUAUCAGCAGACUAAUGCAGGGGAACCUUCGGGAGGGUUGUCUAUCAUUUAUUAUUCUGAGGACAGAACAAUCUACUCCGCUGGUUCUUCACAAAAGCGAUCGGAGUCGUUCGACUGUGUGUCGUCCUUGAAGUGA